ACAUUUAGUUGCAAUUAUAAACAAAAUAUUCAACAAAUUAUUUCAAUUAACCUCAUGUAUGCGUGUGUGUGUGUGCGCUCGCGCGUUGUUGUUGUAAGGAUUGUGCCCAACUAAACAACCUGCCUGCCUACCAGUUUACAAGCGAUAGUGUGUGUGCGUGUGUGUGUUUGUUUGCUUCUGCAGUAAGUACGAUGCGUGUAAUAAACAUUUAAAUGGAAUGUCCUGAAGUAUUUAGUGGUUAUUUAAAAUAAUACAUUCUGGCACGCAACUAAACUAUAAAAUGUGAAGCCCCCGGACCGCGACCCUCCCACACACUGAACCAGCAAAAGCGCCGCCAAUCAACUAACCCAAGCCUUCGCUCCAACCCCCUAGGUCGGUCGUACUCGUCAAGGCCAGGGCCAUAAGAAGCAUCGACAGCAUGACCUUUAAACUAUUUCGACGCGGCUCGGCGCGCUGCAUAGGAUUGCUGUCCGCAUUUGUGACCAUACUGCUCUGUCUCUACUAUAUAUCCAUUGGUCAGCCAAAUACGACGCCCAUUACAGAGACGAAUGCAUCGGGACGCGUUGUGCCACCUGCUGGCUUCAGUGUGGGCGGUGGUGCAGCCUCCCAUUUACAGCAGCAGCAACAACAACAACAGCUUCAUGUCCAGAGCUAUCAUGCUGCACGGCAGAAGCGACCUGUACCGGAGCAACAUUUGCACCAGCAGCAGGAUAUGGAGAAUUCUAUAGAGGACUUCGAUAAUGCAGCCCCCCAAAAGAAUAAUCCCAAUUGGGGAGACAAAUGCUAUGUGCUGCUUCAGAGUGAGACGAAUGUCACUGCAGCCGAGGAGUACAGCAAAUUCGAUUUUCAGCCCGAAUGGAUACGCUCAAAAGAGUACUGGGAUCGUGGUUUCGAGGAGCGCUUCGAGGCGCAAAAAAAGGAUAAGCAUCGGCCCCCGCUCAAAGUCAUUGUGGUGCCGCACUCUCACAACGAUCCAGGCUGGCUGAAGACCUUUACCAACUACUUUCAAUCGGACUCGCGUCAAAUACUCAAUUUACUGGUGACUAAAAUGCAAGAGUAUAAGGACAUGACAUUCAUCUGGUCCGAGAUCAGCUUUCUGCAACUGUGGUGGGAUCAGGCUCAUCCCACAAAGCAGCGGGCAUUCAAACGCCUCAUCAACUCGGGACGCAUUGAGAUAACUACUGGCGGCUGGGUGAUGACGGACGAAGCUAAUGUCCAUAUAUAUCCCAUGCUCGAUCAAUUGAUCGAGGGACAUCAGUGGUUGCGCAAUAAUUUGAAUGUAACACCCAAGGUAGGCUGGUCCAUUGAUCCCUUUGGUCAUGGCAGCACAGUGCCAUAUUUGCUAUCGGGCGCCAAUUUUGAGGGCGCUAUUAUCCAACGCAUUCAUUAUGCCUGGAAACAGUGGUUUGCGCGGCAACAAAGUGGAGAUUUUAUAUGGACGCCCUACUGGCGGAUGCCUUCGACCUCUCCAGGCACUCAACACGGUCGUUUGCUCACUCACAACAUGCCGUUCGACAUAUACUCGAUCAAGGGCUCAUGUGGACCGCAUCCGUUUAUUUGUCUCAAUUUUGACUUUCGCAAGAUUCCCGGGGAGUAUACCGAAUAUUCAGUGAAGGCGCAAUUCAUCACUAAUGACAAUGUUGAGGAGAAGGCCCAACUGCUUUUGGAACAAUAUUCACGCACUGCCUCGCUCUUUCCACACAAUGUGGCGCUCAUACCCGUUGGAGAUGACUUCCGGUAUAAUAAGGAGCGUGAGGUGGAUCAGCAGUACAGCAAUUAUAAGAAGCUUAUCGAUCAUAUCAUGGCCAACAAGCGAUUGUAUAAUGUGGACAUUUCUUUUGGCACGCCCAGUGAUUACUUUAAAGCCAUACGGGAACGUACGGCGCAGUUUCCGAGCUUUAAGGGCGACUUUUUUGUCUACUCGGACAUUUUCUCGGAGGGCCGGCCUGCGUAUUGGUCUGGCUACUUCAGCACUCGCCCGUUCUACAAACUGAUGAGUUCCGAACUAGAGCAUCAAUUGCGUGCGGCGGAGAUUCUCUUCACCGUAGCCUACAAUACAGCACGACAGUAUCGACACGAGAAUGCGAUUAAGAUUUACGAGAAAAACUAUGAGAAGAUGAUACAUGCGCGUCGCAAUUUGGGACUCUUUCAGCAUCACGAUGCCAUUACCGGCACCUCCAAGGCGAACGUGAUGCGUGACUACGCAAUGCGGCUGUUUGAGAGCACGCAGGAUAUGGUUAAAAUGCAGGAGGCCUGCAUGGAACUGUUGCUACAAAACGGCAGCUCCCAUCACGACUUUCUGCUCAGUGAAUUCGAGCGGGAUAACUUUUCAAGACUACCUCGAAAGAUGCCCAUACAGCUGGGCGGCCUAAGCGGAGAGGCCAGCACCACUCAGUCGAAAAAUGCCGAUGCCAGCUUUGUCGUCUACAAUGCACUCACGCAUAAGCGUAUCGAAAUAGUCACGCUGCGUGUUCAACAACCAAACGUGAAAAUAUUCAAUGAGCACGGUGAGGAGCUCAAACACAUACAAAUAAAUCCCGUGUGGAAUAUCACAGAUCCCAAUGAGCUGGGCCUAAGUGGCGCCGGAACAGGCACGGGCAGUGUCGGACGCAUUCGCAUCUCAACACGUCAAUAUGAAGUUAUGUUUGUGGCCGAACUGGAGCCGCUAUCCCUCACCACCUAUCGCGUACAGGUGGAUGAUUUUAACUACAAACGAAACAUAGCCACAAUCUACUGUGACGACUGCACGGAUGGAGCCACAUCCACAUCGAUGCCAGAAACCACAGCCAGCCAAGCUAAUGCGCCCGAUUUUGAAGUGCGCGCGAAGCCAGCAGGCGACAUACAAUUGGAGAACCACAACAUGCGUCUGUUGUUUGACGAGAAAAGCGGCUUCCUUAAAACCAUUACUCGGAAGAACAAGCAGCAACAGCUCUUGCAACCGAUGCAGAGCGCCAUCAGAUUUGCCGCCUAUCGCAGUGCCCAGUUCCAUUCGGGUGCCUACCUUUUCAAAACAGAUCCGGAGCAAAGCGAGGCUGAGAAGGACGUGCUGGAACAGUAUGUGGAUGUACGCAUUAUCAUCACUUCCGGGCCCAUUGCCAGCGAUGUGACCGUCAUCUAUGGCCCAUUCCUGGCACACACUGUGCGCAUUUUCAACACACACACGCAUCUGGAUGCUGCCAUCUAUAUAGAGAAUGAUAUUGACUUUGAGCCGCCGCCUAAAAAUCGGGAAACGGAGCUUUUCAUGCGUCUGGUGACCAACAUUGAUAACAUUGCACCGGCGCCAAUACAACGCGAUGUGCUGAAGGAGCCGGAGGGCACCAUACCGGAACUUCCAGUAUUCUAUAGCGAUCAGAACGGCUUUCAGUAUCAUGAACGCAUCAAAGUUCCAGCAAUUGGCAUUGAGGGCAACUACUUUCCCAUCACAUCAGGCGCCUUCAUACAGGACUCUCACGUGCGUCUCUCGCUGCUCACCACACACGCGCAGGGCGCAGCCAGCUACGAGCCAGGUCAGCUGGAGGUGAUGCUAGAUCGGCGUACACUCUACGACGAUUAUCGCGGCAUGGGUGAGGGCGUUGUGGACAGUCGAAUGACACGUCACAAAUUCUGGCUUCUCGUCGAGGAUAUGCCUGGUGGCCAGCACGUGACACAGCCGCCCAACUACAAGGUGCCCAGCCUGCAUGCCCAACAGCUGGCGAAUACCUUGCGCUACCCACCGAAUCUCUACUUUGUGGAGAACUUUGAUCUGCCACCGGCACAGCUGCAGUCACUGGUGCGUCUCUUGCCCCGUGGUGCGCUUCCCUGUGACGUCCAUCUGACCACGUUGCGCACGCUUUCGGAGCCGCAGCUGCAACUCUUUCCGUCCGCCUCGGCGCUCCUUGUACUGCACCGCCAGGGCUACGACUGCAGUGUUCGUGCCCAGCAGGUGGACUUAACUGGCGUUUGCACGCUGGACGGUAGCGGCCUGGGCGCGGUCCAGCUUGGUGCACUACGUCUGCAGAGCAUUGAGACCACCACAUUGACGGGCGGCGCCUUGCAGGACAAUGAACGUGAGCGUUUGCGCUCCUUUAGCGAAAUCACGUUACAGCCCAUGGAGCUACGCACCUUUAAUUUAACUUUCCGGGGCGAGCUGUAAGGUGUCUGAGUUCGUCUGUGUUGUACUGAAUUCGCUGUUGAGAGUCCAAGUGCAUCAUAUUGCAUCUCAUUUCCGUUACGUUAUGUUAAAUAUUUAUAAUUGUAUGCAUGUAUUUAUUUUUGCCCGUAGACUUAAGCGCAAAGUGCACGUCGUCUAGCUUUAUAUUUAACUUCCUCGCGCGUCUUCACAGCUAUCUCACAUUUAAAAGUACAAAACAGAAACACACAAACAAACAAACAAACAGAUACACUCACAUACACAUAGAACUUAGUUGAUAGAAGAAAAGUGUGCGGUCUUACGACCCAAGUGCGAAAAAAUGUUCUUAAAAAUAUUUGCACAACUCCCAUAAUCAUAUUUCCUAAACAUUAUACCGGGACAAACAAUUUAGACAUUGGGAAAUGAAAUCAGCAACAUGACUUUCGAAUUUAAGUUUAUUUUUCUUCCUUGUUUUUUUAAAUGCUGAUUCACAAAAAAUAAAGUCUUCAGCAAAUCAACUCGGAACAGAAACCGAUCCAAGAUUUUUGUAUGUAAAAAGACAAAUUUAUGUUUUGUUUUGGAUUUAUGAAAACCUAUACCAAAUAUGUUUAGUCUUGCAUUUAUACUUUCCGAGAUCCUUGCGUUCAUAGACACAUACAAGGUCUAUCCAUCCUUGUAAUUUUUCAAAUCUAAGUAAAGAAAAUUUAGUACUUUAAAGAUCAACUUUGGCACCCUUGGAUCUCCAUCUAUUAAUCGAAUUUGUUUCAUACUCUCCUACUUUCACUUCAUAUUCCAUAGUUGUGAUUUCAUUACUUAGAAAGUGGAAUUGAAAAAUUUCUAUAGGCCAGUAAAUAUGAUUAUGGGCGUCAGUCUUCACGACUAACACACGAAAUAGCAUUACCGCCUUUUUCCGUUUCCGAAUUCGAUCAAAUUAUGUGACAGCGAAAUUUGUAACAAUUUUCUACUCUGACAAACGAUAUAGUUUUUCGGUUUUCAAAAAGGUGUUCCACUGACUUUUGAAACCGUUUAAUUCACUAAUUCCGCAUAUUUGAAUUGAAUUCGCAAGCGGAAACAGACCUGCAUAGGUCACCAUUCACAAACAACUGCCGAAGCUGGCACAUCAUUCCGCUGCGGUCCGUUUGAAAAUCAGAGCUCUUAACUAAGAGACAAGACACAUUAUAUAAUGACGAUGAAAAUAUAGUUUGUGAGCUCGAAUUAAACGCAUAAUUACUUCAGCCUUGUGUUCUAGCCUAAGUUACAAAGUACGAGUAGUUUAGCUGCAUUAUUAUAUGUAUGUGUAUAUCUAUAUAUUUAGCAUGAAAUAUGUAUGUGAGUAGUUGCAAAUAUUUAGCAAAAAUUUCUUCGUUACAUAUUAAGCAGCAACGGUAUUUAACUUAUAAGUUUAUUUACAUUUGCAAAAUACAAUGUAUGCCUUUUCGUUUUAUCUUUUUAGACUGAUUAGCUUAAACCUAAUGCAAAAUUUAUAUGAAAACUACUUUUGAUUUAGCAAAUUUAAAUGCAUUUCAUUAUUAACACGAAAACAAAAAUUAACAAUAAUUUCAUUGAUCUAUAGAAUAAGGUUUUUAUUGAAUAGCAAAAGUUAAGCCAAAUAUUGGGGUACAUUUAUAGUAUGAACGAUAUUAGUGAGGCGCGAUGGAGCGCAUGUAAAUAGAUGCAACGAUUUCAAGACAUGGUAAAAAAUAGCUCUAAUUAAAUGUAAUACCCCCCUAGGCUAAGCCAACAAAUAUGGAUAGUGCUGUACUCUAGAGUAAGUGCUAUAACUAAAUGAAGUAAUGAAUAAAUAAACCCAUUAUAUGCAGAUAAAUAUAGAAAUAAAACAAUAGUUACUAACUUUAAAAGCCACACAAAAAACAUUCAAGUCGCUGCAAUAUACGAAAACCAUUCUUUUAAGCAACCGAAAUGGGUAUAACAAAGACAUUUUAUCAGUUUACUUAGUUCUUAAACUUAUUUAAAGAUUUAUUGUGAAGGAAUUAAAUAUUUAUACGAAAACUAGUAUAUGUAUAUGUAAAGUAUAUGUAUUUAAAACUAUACAAAAGAAAUAAAGUAUUACAUGAAACCAUUGAA